UAAAAUCUCAUACAACAAUGGUCAUUAUUUUCUGAGAGUUAAAGCCAAAAUGUUCACAUUGUUGUUAGUCUUUAUUUUGUUGUGUUUUAAAGACGGAUUAUGUCUACAAAAGCAAUUUUGCUACAAUGACGAUGAAUGCCUCAUAAAUGCUGUUAUUGAGAGGGUUUACCCAAGAUUUGUGGCUGGAGGAGAUGACGUAGAGACUUCUGAUCCUCUUCACAUCGACGCCAUUGUUACCGACCUGCCAACCCUCAGAUAUGGUCUGUACAACGCUUCUAUUAUUGGCUUUAAGGACUGCGAAUUUGUUAAAUUGAACAAUAAACGAGUCGAUUCAUACACGUAUUUCGACUAUGCAAUAACCUGUCCAGUUCUCACUCUACAAGCGCGGUAUGAGCUCAAUGGCGUCAUAGACUCCGUUCCAGUUGAAGGCAGGGGACAAUGUAAAAUUGUUUACGAGAACUAUGACAUAUCUAUAAGUGGAAAACAUGAGAAAGUAAAAGACGAUGAAGGAAAGGAGCACGUGAAUAUACUGGAACACAAAGUAGUCCCUGAUCUGAAGAAUGGGAGUGUUAGAGAUCCUGAGUACACUGACUUGACUUUUAACCAACAUGACAGAUGUAGUGGCCGUGUAAGAAUAAUAGAAGAAAUGACCCGGGAUGUUGUGAUGGAUGUCUUCCUGAACAAAUACAUACAAAAUCUAAAGGAUUUCCACAAACACACACCUAUUGAGGACUUACACUAUAAAUAUGUUCGAUAAAUGGUUUUGUCCACUGAACUUCGUGCCAAAAUACAUAUUUUGUUUUAUUUA